CAUCAGCUGAAAGCAGAUUUUUUUUUUGUGUUUAAUUAAUUAACAACCAGUAUUUAGUUGCUCUUUUACAACUAAACAGUAUGCUUCAUAUAUCCAGACUGACGCAUAGAAAAACUGUUUCUUCUCUGGCAAGCUCAUCCAGGUUGUUAAGACGAUGGAAAUCAUCAUCAGUUCAAGAUGCAGUCCGAAGCCUAAAAGAUGGAGACAGAAUCCAUGGAUACACAGUAAAGCGGUUGGUGGAGAUCCCAGAGUUGAUGACUACAGGUGUUAGUCUAGAACAUGAUAAAACAGGUGCCCAGCAUUGCCACUAUGCACGGGAAGACAGCAAUAACACAUUCAGUGUGAUGUUCAGGACAACACCCAUGGAUGAUACUGGAGUGCCGCACAUUCUUGAACACACUACUUUGUGUGGAUCACAAAAGUAUCCUGUUAGGGACCCUUUCUUCAAAAUGAUCAACAGGACACUUGCCACUUUCAUGAAUGCUAUGACAGCCAGUGACUGGACGGUGUAUCCUUUCUCUACACAAAAUCAAAAGGACUACGAAAAUCUUAUGUCAGUGUACCUAGACGCUGUUUUCUAUCCUCAACUCAGAGAACUGGAUUUCAGUCAAGAAGGAUGGCGUCUUGAACAUGAGGAUCCCAACAAUUCAGAAUCCCCGAUCAUAUUUAAAGGUGUUGUCUACAAUGAGAUGAAGGGAGUGUUUUCUGAUUCCGUGAACCUAUUUAUGCAAGCUGUCCAGAACAAACUCCUGCCUGACCAUACAUAUGGUGUUGUGUCUGGAGGUGACCCACCAGCUAUCACAGACCUCACCUGGAAACAACUUAAGGAAUUCCAUCAUUCUCACUACCAUCCAACAAACUCCAAGUUCGUUACCUAUGGUGACAUCCCUCUAGAGCGCCACCUGGAGCUUAUUAACAACAACUACUUGGAGAAGUUUGACCGAAUCAACAUUGACACACGAGUGCCUCUUCAGCCACGAUGGAGCGAGCCUAGGACUGCUCACAUUACGUGUCCCCAUGAUCCAACUGGGACGGAGAAACAGACAACAGUUUCCGCCAACUUUUUGCUAUCAGAAAUUACAGACAUAUUUGAAUCUUUCACGAUGAAUAUAAUCUGCACUCUUUUAACGGACGGAGAAACCUCCCCUUUUUAUCAGGCUCUCCUUGAAGCGAAUAUAGGAUCUGAUUAUGCUCCUUUGACAGGUUACCAGGAUAUCAUGAAGGAAGCAGUCUUUUGCGUUGGACUACGGGGCAUCCAUUCUGAUGAUGUAAAUAAGGUCAAAGACAUCAUCUCUGUGACCUUUGACAAGGUCAUCAGUGAGGGGUUUGACCAGAAGAACAUAGAUGCCCUACUACAUCGUAUUGAGCUGGCAUUGAAACAUCAGACUGGAAAUUUUGGUCUCAACAUGGCUCUGAAUAUGGCAUCAGUCUGGAACCAUGAUGGUGAUCCAAUGGUAGCCCUACAGAUCAAUAACCAAAUCUCACAGCUCAGACAGACACUCGCUGACAACCCAACAUUCCUUCAGGACAAGGUCAAACAGUACUUCAAGGACAACAAACAUUGUUUGGUGGUCACUAUGGAACCAGACAAAGAUUAUGAAGAAGGCAGAAACAAAGAGGAGGCAGAAAGGCUAGAGAGGCAUGUUAGCCAGUUGACUGCUGCUGACCGCAAGAUUAUUCUGGACACAGGGAAGGAACUACUUGCAAAUCAAAUGGCUGUUGAGGAUGUGAACUGUCUACCCACAAUCCACCUGGAUGAGAUUGAGAGGAAGAUAAAGUCAGAACCGGUUGAAGCUAUUAACUUAGGAGGUAUUUCGGUACAGAAAUGUGCAGCACCAACAAACGGGGUAUCAUACCUACGGAUGAUAUCGAACCUGGCCUCAGUUUCAGAUGACCUGAAACCUUAUGUACCUCUCUUCUGUAAUGUUAUCACUAAGAUGGGAGCUGGAGCACAUGAUUACAAAUCUCUGUCACAGGACAUAGACUUAUACACAGGGGGACUGUCUGCUGGGGUUCAUGUCAAGGCUCACCACACAGAGGACAAGACAUAUGAACAGGGAGUGACAUUUUCUUCCUACUGUUUAGAUAGGAAUUUGGACAGGAUGCUUGGACUCUGGACUGAUGUGUUUUCCAGACCAGACCUUAAGGAUAAUGACCGGUUCUUGACCUUGGUCAAUAUGACAGCUGCUGAGAUGUCAUCGUCUGUAGUGAGCAGGGGUCAUUCUUUUGCCAUCAGUCACUCCAGGGCAGGGCUAACCCCUGCAGGGUUCCUACAAGAACAGUUUGAAGGAUUGACUCAGCUAGAACUUUUGAACGGUAUUGUUGGAGGGGAACCAGAGUCGGUCUUCAAAGUCAUCAAUAAAAUGGAGCAGAUCAGCAAAUGUUUAUUGAAUAAAUCAAACCUAAGGGUAGCUGUAAAUGCAAUGCCCGAGUCUAUGGAUGCCACUCUGAAAUCUGUAGAGGGAUUUCUGUCUUCAUUGCCAGGGGAUGCUGUUGUCUCCAACUACCUCACAAAGGACACAGAUUAUAAGGUGAAGGAGACACAGACACAGUUUGAGCGGCCAUUCUCUGUCAAUUACAUGGGAAAAUCUUUCUUGACAGUGCCUUAUACUCAUGAAGAUUUCCCCAGAUUACGAGUUCUUGCCAAAUUGAUGUGGGCCAAGUUUUUACAUAGAGAAAUAAGGGAGAAAGGCGGGGCUUAUGGAAGUGGGGCUGUCUGCUCAGACGGUGUCUUCUCACUUUUCUCAUACAGGGAUCCCAACUCUCUGAAGACGCUUGAAGUGUUUGACGAAGCAGUUAAGUGGCUGUGCAGGGGAGAUUACACUCAUAACGACGUCGACGAGGCAAAGUUAUCAGUUUUUCAAGAGUCAGACAAACCAGUGACACCCGGGAACUCUGGAAUGAUGCUGUUUACCAACGGAGUGACAGACGAGAUGAGACAAACAAUGCGAGACCAGCUGUUCCAAGUCACGAAAAAGGACAUCACCUCUGUUGCUCUCAGGUAUCUGAAAAAAGGUGAAAGAUCAAAUGCAGUAUCGUUCCUGGGCCCGGCCAAUCAGAAAGUGCAGGAAGAUCAGAAAUGGAAAAUCAUCAAAAGUUGAUAAAGACCAAGAUUAACAUGAAUAAUUUUUGAUUGGAUGAUUGAAUUUAAAACAAAGAAAAUGUUUAUUGGUAUUUUUUUUGUGAGAUUAAGGAAAAUACCACUAUAUUAUAGAAUAUAUUCAUAUGUUAUCAAGGCAUUAAAUGACUUUCAUUGUACGUGGCAGUCAUAAAUAAUUCCUAAGUCUUACAGAUUUUAUUAAUUUUGUUUCAUUUACAAUUUAAGUUGGACUGGAUGGAAGAGUACUGUGGAAUUUCUUUGAACAUAGAUUGCACUGUUAAUACCAAGGCUUUUCCUAAGUUAGCCAUACUUUAGAAGUUUUUCAUUGCUCAGUUAUGCAAUGUUUGAUUUAACAAUUAGACUUGAAGUAAGUUUUCUUUGCUUGCUGUGAUGGUCUUGCAGAUUAUUAGAAUCUUUCACCGCCUUGGAGGUGAGAAAUGUGAUUCUGAAACCCAAGGGGAAAGAUGUUUAAGUCAGCAAAAACAAGCAUUUGCAACUUAAACAUCUAUUCCAGAGGGUUGAGAUCAUUCCCUCUCACCAAUGAGAAAGAUUAUUAUCUCUUAACCUGCUGGUUUAAGUAGGUAUUAGUGUGUGUUUUUUGUUGUCGCAAUGCUUUAUAUCGUUGACAAUAUUGAAUUGUUUUUGAUGCCAGUAAAUCACCCAUGGGUGAGACAAGGAAAUCUCACACUGGUAAAAGCAUGGAUUUAUCUGUCCAGGGUAAGAGACAAGAAUAUCCUAUACCCCCAUGUAUGUUUCCAUCAGCACAAAAAUGAUUGAGUGAUUCAUACAAUGUUUGGUGUGCUGUACAAAAAAGAGGUUCACAUAAUGGAACACACUAACAGAUUAAUAUAUAUGUCCCAUAUUUUUGUAUCUAUAUCUGUAAUAUUCUUGUAUUCUUAAUUGGAUCUUGUUUGCUUAAUAUCUUCUUACUUCAGUUAGUAGUUCUGUAUCAUUAUGUGAUAAAAGAGGCCAAGUUGAUUUGUAAUGGAGGAACUCAAGGAAAAGAAGAGAGUGAUUUCCCUUGUCAGUCAUGGAAUGAUAAUAAUACUGUUAUGUGUGGUUGAUUUCUGUGAGUAUUGUGUGAGUUACAAUGAUCUGUUAGAUGUGUGAUAUCAAUAUGCGUAGAUGUCAGAGCUUGAAUAAAAGAUUUCAAAAUAU